AUGCCCGUCUACCACAUCGUUCUCUUCCGCCUCAAGCCAGGCGUGACACCAGCUCAGCUGAGCGUCUGGACUCAAAUGGCCAAGGAUAUGGUUGGCAAGAUUCCAGGUCGGCCACCCUCAUCAAGGGUCAAGGGUCAAGGACUUCACGUUUUCUCUAACACUACCGAUGCAGGACUGGUCUCGAUGGAAUGCGGGCAGCCUCUUCCUAUUUGUCUCCCUCGUGCACAGGGAUAUGAUAUGGGUCUCGUGGCGGUUCUGGAGAAGCCAGACCAUGUUGCUACGUACGCCGUGCAUCCGGCUCACUUGGAAGUUCACAAGAUGAGGGAGGAGCUAUGCGAUGAUACUUUGGCCUAUGAUUUGGAGUUCUAG